AUGUCCGCCGCCUGCCAGAACCACCUUGCUUGGGGGGGCCCAAAGCACACCGCCCUCAUGAGACAGGAUACGAAUUUGGCGGAUCGAGGCAGUGGUAGUAAGAUCAAUAAAGACACAGUGGCAGCUUCCGAACUUGCGCAAGGCUGCACGACCAAUUCCUGGAUGCGAUCCGACAACAAACAUACGAACCACUACUUCCAACUGAGCGACUUCGAGGAGGCCACCCAGAUCUACUUCUCACUGGAACGGCGCGCUUGCAUGGCGCGCACUUAUCGUUUUGCAGCACAGUGCCAGUGGACUCGACCAUGCUGA